AUGGUUAAUGCAGUUGCAGUUUUGAAGGGUGAUUCCUCUGUUUCAGGUAUUGUUAGAUUCGAACAAGAAUCAGAAGAUCAACAAACCAAGAUUUCUUGGGAAAUCACUGGUAAUGACGCCAAUGCUUUGAGAGGUUUCCAUAUCCAUACUUUUGGUGACAACACCAAUGGUUGCACCUCUGCUGGUCCACAUUUCAACCCAUUCAACAAGAACCACGGUGCUCCAGAAGAUGAAGAAAGACACGUCGGUGACUUGGGUAACAUUCCAACUGAUGCUCAAGGUAUUUCUAAGGGUAGUUUGACUGACAAGCACAUUAAGUUACUGGGUCCUCUAUCUAUCGUCGGCAGAACCGUUGUUGUUCACGCUGGUCAAGAUGAUUUAGGUAAGGGUGGCGAUGCUGAAUCUUUGAAGACCGGUAACGCCGGUGCCAGACACGCCUGUGGUGUUAUUGGUAUCUCUAACGCUUAA